AUGAGUGCCAGGGCGCCGAAAGAGCUGAGGCUGGCCCUGCCGCCUUGUCUCUUGAACCGGACCUUUGCUUCCCACAACGCCAGUGGAGGCGGCAGCGCAGGUAUCCGCAGCUCAGGCGCAGGUGGUGGCACUUGCAUCACGCAGGUGGGACAGCAGCUCUUCCAGUCUUUUUCAUCCACGCUGGUGCUGAUUGUCCUGGUCACUCUCAUCUUCUGUCUCAUCGUCCUGUCCCUCUCCACUUUCCACAUCCACAAGCGCAGGAUGAAGAAGCGGAAGAUGCAGAGGGCUCAGGAAGAAUACGAGAGAGAUCAUUGCAGCGGGAGCCACGGUGGUGGGGGGCUGCCUCGGGCAGGUGUCCAAGCCCCAACCCAUGGAAAAGAAACCCGGUUGGAGAGGCAGCCCCGGGACUCCGCCUUCUGCACCCCCUCCAAUGCUACUUCCUCCUCCUCAUCCCCUGGUCUCCUGUGCCAGGGUCCCUGUGCGCCUCCGCCUCCACUGCCAGCCCCCAAUCCACACGGAGCACACGCAGCUUCCUCCUGCUUGGACACACCUGGCGAGGGCCUUUUGCAAACGGUGGUACUGUCCUGA